AGGGACUGUCUCAAAAGAGCGCGUACGAAUCAAAACGUAAAAAUAACUGUAAACACGGUUACCGCGGUCGAAUUAAAACGUGAUAUUUAUCUAAAACGGUUUAAUUCACCUUUAACUGAGGCCUAUACAAAUAUUAACUCUUAACUUUUUUUUUUACGUUUUUUAAUAUGAUAGUGUUAAACGUGUGGCGCGCUUUUAAACCGUCGGCAGACACUUUGCCGCCUCUCCCUUACGUCGUUGUUGCGGAAGUAGAAAGUCUACGUGGGGAAGAAAGGUUGGUCUGACCGCGUUUGUGUACCUGACACACCAGCAGCACCGAUGUCCAAUCCAGGUUAGCUCCGUCCCCGACCGAACCAGCGUCCGUCCCCGCCCCCCUCCCCCACACACGCCUGUUUAGGCAAAUGGACUCGCUGGGCAGCAGCCGCGGCGUAUAAAUGGGACGCAGGGACGACGACAGCCUGUAAUGCUGCGCCGGGUGCGGCAGUCUCUCCGGCAGGUGCUGUUUCUGAUGGCCCGGAGACCGGGUCUCCUCUGCGGGGCUAUCGUGCUCAGCGUCCUGCUCAUCCUGGCUGUCAAAUUCACAUGCAGCCGUGCUAAAAAUGUGGUGGCAGCUGCUCGGCCUCCGGUGCGGUUCUUCUCUACUGAGGCCCCAGUGGUGGACCUCUACCUGGGUCAGUUAGAUCAGGUGGAGCGUCUCAGGAGUAUGGCGGAGGUAUCGCUCAUCUUCUUUUAUGCGCCGUGGUGUGCUCACUCGAUGGCUGCCCGGCAGGAAGUGCAGCAGGUCGCUAAGAAGCUGGCCAAACAGGUGCAGUUUGUGGCUGUUAACUGCUGGUGGAGUCAGGGGAAAUGUAGGAGGCAAAACCGCUUCUAUCAGUACCCGAUCAUCCAUUUGUUUUAUAGAAGGUUUGGGCCUAUAGAGUACAAGGGUCCCUUUGUGGCUCCAUAUGUGGAAAGUUUUAUCCUCCGAGUCAUCACACCUCUCACUUACCUCCCAUCCAGAGCCACACUUGAAGAGUUUCUCUCCUAUCAUGAGCCUCGAGUCGUGGGUUUCUUCCAGUUUAACUCCUCUCCUCAGCCGCCGGGGUACAUCACAUAUCUGUCCUCUGCUCUGCAGGCCUUAAAGAGAGAUUUCCGUGGUAUUGUACGUUUCGGGGUUGUGACCAACAAACAGGUGGCAGAGGCCAUUUCACUAGAAGAAGAUGAAACGGUUUACCUUUACAGAAGAUUAAACUCCUCUUUGAUUUUCCCUCGAAGGGAGCGCAACUUCACAUCAGAGGCCAUCUGUAGCUGGGUGUUUGAACACCACGAGACCGUCCUCCAUUGGCUGCAGCCUCCAGGGACAAAGUCCCGCCUCCUGGAACAUGAGCUGACUAAAGGUCCAGCACUGCUGCUGUUCCUGCCACACAAUCCACUCGGGUCCAAUCCCAAUCCUUUACUACAGCAGGUUGCAGACAUUGCUGUGCGUUAUCAUUCCUGUGACAUCAAUAACCACUCCAACUUGGACAAAAGUUUCACUUCCCAUUCGUGCUGCCAGUCCGUUCUUCUUCCAGAGUCCAGCACAAGUGUGUGCGAGGUGUGCCUCAGCUUGUCACAAUCGAUCCUGACCAGCUCGUCUAUACGCUGCAUGUUCCCCUCCAUGGCUCACGGAGGAGAUGUGUUGCAGUCUUAUCUCAGACACUGCUGCCUACACCGAGAAUCUGCCCCCAUGUCCAUGAAAACCACAACCUCAUUGGGCUGUAGUAACUUUCUGAACAGCUACAGCCCCUUUAGUCAAUAUAGUGCCUGCUGUAGAAAAGUAGAACCUCAACUUAAUCAAUCACAAACCAAAGAAGAGCCAGACAUGCAAAGAGUUCCCCUAAUGGCUCCUUCUUCAUCCAUCCCUCCUUCUUCUGACCCUCAGCAGGAAGGAGAUGGCAUCACAGGACUCUGGUGUCAGACCAACAGGACGCUCAGGUUUUAUGUGCUAGAUGUUGCUUUGAACUGGCCUCUAGCGGUGAGGCUUGGAGCAACAGGCAACAGAAGUGCUUCUCUUCACCAGGAGGCUGGUGCACAAGGUGACGGGUCAUUUGCAGCUAUUGUGAACCUGAAGGAUGAGGUUCAUUAUGUUCUCCACCGUAGCCCAGAGGCCACACUGACCGAGUCUCUAGAGGCCUUCAUCAGGAACUUCAGCGCGCCGUACAGCCUCUUGCAGAGACACUUGGUUGGAGAAGAGGAAAGAAAAGCAGGGGACGAGGAUACCAGGCAUCCAGACAAACACCAGCAUCCUCGCCCCCUUAUCACAGAGCUAACCACGUCCUCCUUCCUGCCUUCUGUCAUGGACCUCCAAAAGGAUGUGCUGCUCUUCUACUACACACAGUGGUGUGGAUUUUGCUCCGUUCUCAACCACGUCAUCAUCCAGCUGGCCAGAUUACUACAGGGAAACGGCACCAUCACCGUCGCCAGGGUGAAUGUUGCUCGCAAUGACCUUCCGUGGGAGUUCAUGGUGGAUCACGUUCCCUCUAUUCUUCUCUUUCCUAAAUACAGAAAACAUUUUAGUGUGAAGUUUCCCGAUGACCUGCCCAUCACGUUACCCAACCUCCUCCACUUCAUCCUGCAGCACUCCGGCUCUGUGCAAUAUGCAGACAAACCAGUGACCGCGUCUAGCGGGGCAGAGGAGGGCGUAGGACCCGGUGUUAUCUUCCGUGCAGAGUUUCUGGCGCUCCAGCACGAGGUUCAAGCACUGCAUCACGCCCGCGAACGUCUCUCCCAACAGCUGGCGCAGCUGUGGCGUGACAACCGGCGGCUAAAAUUUGACACUCGCAGCUUAGAGGCCCAGAACGCCGAGCUGCAGCGAGAAAGGCAAAGCUUAGAGGAACAGCACCGGGAGAAAAGUUGGCAGCUCGGGGAGGCAGUGAGACGACUGCAGGAGCUGGCAGACACCUCAGAAAACCUGCUGAAUGAGAACACGCUGCUCAGGGUCCUGCUGAGGGCGCUAAAGGACAGAACGGAGACUAAAGAGCAGGAGGAGGUGGAGAGGAGAGAGGCAGAACAGAGAAGAAACCAUAUGGCCUCGUGACCACAAGUCUGCAGGAAAUCCUAAGAGCAAGAGAUGAAGAAGAGGGCCAGGAAAUGAAGGGAGGACAUAAAAGUGGUGGUUAGACCUGAGAUGUGGUAAACCAUGAGGGAUUUUUAAGCUCAAUGAAGCUACGAUGAAGAGGUCAUGUAAAACCCAGUGGGCAACAGCCUAAUAAAUGGAAAGAAGAAUGAGGAUGAAAUGUGAUCUGUCAGAAGAAAAACGCUAACUGCUGCUAUGUCAGGACAGGAAACAUCUGAACGUUAAAAGGUGGUUAAGCAGCAAGGGGAACGGCGUCGUUUGCCAGACACAGAAAACUACAUUAAAGUGCUGUGAUGAUAAGUGGGACGAUCCACUCCUGAGAACACAAGCGUAUGGGAAUUAAGUGCCAACUGUCCAAGUCCAAUUAGUCAAAAAUGUAACGUCUGACGGGUGAAGACAUAACCGGAGGCAAUUGUGCUACAAAGACUCUGCAGCCAAAUUCUCGAUCUUUGACUGAAGUACCGCAGAUUCUCUGAUAAAAGUCCAGUAUUCAAAUAAUGGCUCUAGGCACUGGUGCAGGGGUUGAAGUCAUUUGUAUGUUACUACAACAGCUCACUGUAAACUCACAGUACUAAUUCCUUCAGCACAACAGGAUGAUGUUACAGUUUACUCGCCACUCUGCUGCUCUCACUUUCUCUUUUUUAAACAGAAAUAAUGUUUUCAUGCUCUUAUUAAUUCAUUCCAGUCCGUUCCCUCUUUGUCGCACCACCAAUCGAUGUGAAGCUGCCGUCAAUAAAACUCAACACUUUCUGAUGAUUUCAACAUAAAUAGGCUACGUACAAGAAAAGAAGAAUGAUGGAGGAAGUGCUGAGUUUCAUUCAUGGCAGCUUAAAGUUGUUUGGGGGUGGACGGGGCGAGGCUGCCUGACAUGACCGGCUGUACUGAGGGAGUUUGUUUUGUGGGAAUGUGUCUGAGAAUUUAAAAAGGUAACGAACUCACCUGCUGCCUACGAGCUGAGUACUGAGAGCAGGUCUUUGCUUCUAGUAGGUAGGUGCAUGACUACAGGUUAGUGAAGUAGAGUUCGGCUGCAGGGAGAAGGCUUUUGAUGAGGCGGAGAUUUAUUUAAUACUGAAGAUGUGGCGCCUGCUCACUGAUCUGUUGGUGAGUCUAAGAGCACUUGAAAUAUUUAGCAAGAUUUUUUCUUUUCUUUUUUUUUUUUGGAAGGGUAUUUACUUCUUUUGUUAAGCUGAUCUAUUUUUACAGGAAUCCUCGAGUCACUAAAAUAUUAUUUCUAUGUAACUAUUCAGGUAUUAAGAAUAAGAUGCUGCAAUUGUUUACAUGUGAAAUAUUGCACCUGUUUUUACUGAUUAAAAACCUUUCAUCUUAUUGUC